AUGUCUGCCAGUUCGUUCAAUGACACGACGGCUGGACAAUUUAUAUUGAGACUCUUGUCCAUCCAAACAUUACAACCAUCUCAAGAAGUUCUUGCAAUACUUGUAUAUUGUAUACACAGCGGUACAGCAACUACUGCUACUAAAUGUCGAUGUACAAAAGACUUCAAACCAGUUUGCGGUAGCGACGGAGUUACGUAUGCCAAUGAAUGCCUUUUCAAUUGUACAAGAGAUUAUGAAAAAAAUAGAAAAACGGAAUUAAUAUUCAUCAAUUAUCAAGGAAAAUGUAAAGAAUCUUGUUUUUGCACAGAUGACUACAAUCCAAUUUGUGGCAGUGACGGGAAAACAUAUUCCAACAAAUGUCAACUAGGAUGUGAAAACAAAAAAAUGCUUAGAGACAACCAAACACUUAUAGAAAUAGUUCUUGAAGAUAUAUGUCCUGAACAGUGUACUUGCCCAUUGUUUAAGGCUCCCGUAUGUGGUGAAGAUGGUCAAACUUAUCCUAGUCAAUGUCAACUUGAUUGCGAUAACAAACAACGAAAGUUGAAAGGAUUACCAAUCAUCGUCACAAAAAGUAAAGGUAAAUGUCCUGAAAUAAAUGUUUGCCCUGCAAAUUAUGCACCUGUUUGCGGCUCAGAUAAUAUAACAUACUCAAAUGAAUGUGUACUCGAAAAUGCCAGUAGGGACAAUGUUAAAAAAAAUCUUCCACCAAUUAGUGUCAUAAGUCAAGGAGAAUGUUCAGCAACUUGCGUUUGUCCACAAAUCUAUCAGCCAGUAUGUGGCAGUGACGGGAAAACAUAUCCUAAUAAAUGCAAUUUACAAUGUUCCAAUAAAAUUCAAAAUGGUCAACAGCCUGUCAUUGUAGCAAGCGAAGGUGAAUGUGCAAUAAGCUGUGUUUGUCCUAGAAUUUAUGAUCCCAUUUGCGGAAAUGAUGGAAAAACUUAUGCAAAUGAAUGUGAAUUAAUAUGCGAAAGUAAAAAACGUGAGCGAAAAGGAGAAACACCGAUCACUGUGAAAAGUGAAGGGGAAUGUCCUGUUCCUUGUAUUUGUAACAAAAUAUAUAAACCUGUUUGCGGCAGUGACGGCCAAACAUAUUCAAAUGCGUGCCUUUUAGGUUGUGAAAAUAAAACUUUGGUCAACGAAGGAAAACCACCAAUCAAGGUAGUAAGUGAAGGAAAAUGUGUAGAGAGUUGUAUUUGCCCCGCGAUUUACAAGCCUGUCUGUGGCAGUGAUGGAAAAACAUACUCUAGUCCUUGUGAUCUUGGUUGUGUCAAUAAGGAACGAGAGAGUAACAAUCAAACUCCCAUCAAAGUUAUAAAUGAAGGAGAAUGUAAAGAAGAUUGCGCCUGUUUGGCAAUUUUUGACCCUGUCUGCGGUAGUGAUGGAAAAACCUAUUCGAACGAUUGUCAACUUGGAUGUGAAAAUAAAAAAAGAAGCAAAAAUUGUGAACCAUUGUUAGACAUCGUAAGCAAGGGCGAAUGCCCUUCACCUUGUAUUUGCACUCUUAUAUACGCUCCAGUAUGUGGCAGUGACGGUAAAACAUAUCCUAAUAAAUGCAAUUUAGAAUGUUCCAAUAAAAUUCAAAAUGGUCAACAACCUGUCAUUGUAGCAAGCGAAGGUGAAUGUGAAAUAAGCUGUGUUUGUCCUGCAAUUUACGAUCCUGUUUGCGGAAACGAUGGAAACACCUACUCUAGUAGUUGUAAUUUAGUAUGUAUUAAUAAACAAAGAGAAAAGGAAAACAAACCACCUAUUCUAGAGUCUAAUAAGGGGGAAUGUCUAGACUCAUGCAUUUGCCCAGCAGUCAUUCAACUAGUAUGUGGAAGUGAUGGAAUAACUUAUGCAAAUGAAUGUGAAUUAAUAUGCGAAAGUAAAAAACGUGAGCGAAAAGGAGAAACACCGAUCACUGUGAAAAGUGAAGGGGAAUGUCCUGUUCCUUGUAUUUGUAACAAAAUAUAUAAACCUGUUUGCGGCAGUGACGGCCAAACAUAUUCAAAUGCGUGCCUUUUAGGUUGUGAAAAUAAAACAUUGGUCAAUGAAGGAAAACCACCAAUCAAGAUAGUAAGUGAAGGAAAAUGUGUAGAGAGUUGUAUUUGUCCCACGAUUUACAAACCUGUCUGUGGCAGUGAUGGAAAAACAUACUCUAGUCCUUGUAAUCUUGACUGUGUCAAUAAGGAACGAGAGAGUAACAAUCAAACUCUCAUCAAAGUAAUAAAUGAAGGAGAAUGUAAAGAAGAUUGCGCCUGUUUGGAAAUUUAUGACCCUGUGUGCGGUAGUGAUGGAAAAACCUAUUCGAACGAUUGUCAACUUGGAUGUGAAAAUAAAAGAAGAAUCAAAAAUUGUGAACCAUCGUUAGACAUCAUAAGCAAGGGCGAAUGCCCUUCACCUUGUAUUUGCACUCUUAUAUACGCUCCAGUAUGUGGCAGUGACGGUAAAACAUAUCCUAAUAAAUGCAAUUUAGAAUGUUCCAAUAAAAUUCAAAAUGGUCAACAACCUGUCAUUGUAGCAAGUGAAGGUGAAUGUGAAAUAAGCUGUGUUUGUCCUGCAAUUUACGAUCCUGUUUGCGGAAACGAUGGAAACACCUACUCUAGUAGUUGUAAUUUAGUAUGUAUUAAUAAACAAAGAGAAAAGGAAAACAAACCACCUAUUCUAGAGUCUAAUAAGGGGGAAUGUCUAGACUCAUGCAUUUGCCCAGCAGUCAUUCAACUGGUAUGUGGAAGUGAUGGAAAAACUUAUGCAAAUGAAUGUGAAUUAAUAUGCGAAAGUAAAAAACGUGAGCGAAAAGGAGAAACACCGAUCACUGUGAAAAGUGAAGGGGAAUGUCCUGUUCCUUGUAUUUGUAACAAAAUAUAUAAACCUGUUUGCGGCAGUGACGGCCAAACAUAUUCAAAUGCGUGCCUUUUAGGUUGUGAAAAUAAAACAUUGGUCAAUGAAGGAAAACCACCAAUCAAGUUAGUAAGUGAAGGAAAAUGUGUAGAGAGUUGUAUUUGCCCCGCGAUUUACACGCCUGUCUGUGGCAGUGAUGGAAAAACAUACUCUAGUCCUUGUAAUCUUGGUUGUGUCAAUAAGGAACGAGAGAGUAACAAUCAAACUCCUAUCAAAGUAAUAAAUGAAGGAGAAUGUAAAGAAGAUUGCGCCUGCUUGGAAAUUUAUGACCCUGUGUGCGGUAGUGAUGGAAAAACCUAUUCGAACGAUUGUCAACUUGGAUGUGAAAAUAAAAGAAGAAUCAAAAAUUGUGAACCAUCGUUAGACAUCAUAAGCAAGGGCGAAUGCCCUUCACCUUGUAUUUGCACUCUUAUAUACGCUCCAGUAUGUGGCAGUGACGGUAAAACAUAUCCUAAUAAAUGCAAUUUAGAAUGCUUUAAUAAAGAAAAUAUACAGUCUGGCCAAGAACCUAUUACAAUAACUAGUGAAGGUGAAUGUCUUGAACAAUGUAUUUGUCCAACAAUAUACGAUCCUAUUUGUGGUAGUGAUGGAAAAUCAUAUCUCAACUCUUGUGACCUCGAUUGCGCCAAUAAAGAAAGAGAUAAAAAUGAUUUACCAAGAAUUACAAAAAUAAGAAAUGGAGAAUGCGCUGAAGUAUGUAUUUGUCCAUAUAUUUUCCUUCCAGUAUGUGGCACAGAUGGCGUAACAUAUCCUAAUAAGUGUUCUUUAGACUGUAAAAAUAAAGAAAAUGUUCAGAAUAAUUUACCUAUUUUCAUUGCAUACGAAGGUGAAUGUAUAGAUUACUGUUAUUGCACUGAUAAUUAUCAGCCAGUGUGUGGGAAUGACAACCAAACGUAUGGUAAUAAAUGCGAACUAGAUUGCGUAAAUAAGAAACGUGAGCAAAAUUGUGAAGCACCAAUUGAUAUUAUUAGUGAAGGAGAGUGUGAUGUGUGUUCAGAAGAUAGCAUAUGUACAACCAUUUAUGAACCUGUAUGUGGAAGUGAUGGAAAUACAUACUCCAAUGAAUGUAAAUUUAACUGCGCGAAUUUAAAGCUAUUACAAAAUCAUCAACAACCAAUUUCUGUAGUAUUUAAAGGAGAAUGUGAGGAGACAUGUUUGUGUAAAACAGAUAUUGAUCCAGUAUGUGGUAGUGAUGGUCAAAGUUACCCUAAUGAAUGUUAUUUACUAUGUGAAAGCAGAAGCCUCCAGCAAGAAGGUUUAUCACCUUUAGAGGUUACAUAUAAAGGUCUUUGUGAAGAACCAUGUGACUGCUAUAAGACUAUAAUUCCAGUUUGCGGUACAAAUAAUAAAUCAUAUCGAAACUCUUGUUACUUAAAAUGUGCAAACAAUAAUCGAAGAUCAAAUAAUACUUAUAUUCAAAUUCAACACCCUGGAGGUUGUCAAAAUUGCAACUGCCCCUUUGAUUAUAAACCUAUUUGUGCAAGCGACGGUAACACUUACAGUAAUAUUUGCCAAUUAAACUGUGAGAAUAAACGAUUAGCAAAUUUCGGUAGGCCACCACUCUAUGUAAUAUAUAAUGGGGAAUGCGAGAGAUGCAUUUGUCCCGAUGUAAGUGAACCUAUUUGUGCUAGUGACGGAAAUACUUAUAAUAACAAAUGUGAACUAGAUUGCGAAAACAAAAUCCGUGCAAAAGAAAAUGACAGUCCUCUAUCAACUCUAUAUGAUGGUAAAUGUCGCGACUGCGAAUAUGAUUGCCAAUCCUGUCCACGCCUUUACCAACCCCUGUGUGGGGAUGAUGAAAAUACCUAUUGGAACAGAUGUUCGCUGGAGUGCAGUAAUCAAUUCAAGUAUAGCCAGAACAUACCUUUUGUUCAAAUAAGGGCCCUCGCUACCUUAGCGGUUCUACUUGUACCGCCAUCAUCAAGUGGUGCAUCAAAAGGUAUUUUAAUAGUGAAAAAAACGGUCUACGAACCAACAACCGUAUGUCCUUGCGAAUAUGAAUUCAACCCAGUGUGCGGCUCUGAUGGAGUCACUUACAGCAACCAAUGUUUACUCAGCUGUAUUAACGACGAACGCCAGACUCGAGGGCUAACUCCAGUCGUCGAGAUGAAUGAUCAUAGCCAGUGCACCAAUUGUACCUGUCUAAAUGUAGAUGUACCAGUAUGUGCAAUAGAUGGUGUAACGUAUCCUAAUGAAUGUGAACUGUACUGUGAAAAUCAGAGACGUAUACUACAAAAGAAACCUAUACUUAAUCUUGCAUAUAGAAGUACUUGCAUUGGACCUCCUUGUUCAUAUUGCCCGACAACUGCGGCCCCUGUCUGUGGUACCGAUAAUAUUUUGUACAGAAAUCAAUGUGUUCUCGAUUGUGCUAAUACAAACUCCAUAAAUGGUGGAUUCCCACAAGGUAUAUCAUUAAAGAAUUAUGGAUCUUGCUUAGACGGAUGCAUUUGUCCAAAAAAACUGGAACCAGUAUGUGCGAGUGAUGGCAAUGUAUACGACAACUUGUGUUAUUUAGAGUGUGAAAACAGAAAACAUACUUAUUCUAAAUAUGCUAAGAUUACAGUGGCUAAUAGAAAUAUAUGCGCUAAUUGUGAAUGUCCACCUUACAUAGAACCAGUGUGUGGUAGCGACGGACUAAUGGAACCGAGGACCUUUCAAAAUACUUGCGCGCUUGACUGUAUGGUGAAACGUUCUAAUAAUCCAUACUUAAAAGUUAUUAGUAAAGGUCCCUGUCCAAAAUGUUUCUGUACAGGAGUAACCUCUCUAGUUUGCGGAACAAAUCACAAAACUUAUAGAAAUGAAUGCGAACUUCGUUGUGCCAGUGAUAACGUUCCAAAAGGUAAAAAUCCUAUUAGUAUCUUCCAUGGUGGUGCGUGCCAAGAAGUGGAAUGUGUCUGCCAUCAUUGUUCUGAUGAGUACAUCCCGUUGUGUGGUAGCGACGGCAGAACAUAUUGGAACCUCUGUUGGCUGAACUGUAGCAACGGCUGCAGGGAAAGAGACGGUGUGGCUCAAAUCACCGUAGACAGACAAGGCUCCACUCGUCGUAUCGUCUCCGGAGUGAACACGUCCAUCGCCGCUGUUCCAUGGCAGGUCUCCUUAAGGGAAAAGACGUACCCGAUUUGUGGGGGGUCGGUUGUAACUGCUACUUGGCUGCUCACUGCCGCGCACUGCUUGUUACGACCAAGAGCAAGCGAACUCAGCGUACGCCUCGGCUCUUCAUGGAAAACUCAUGGAGGUGAAAUGUAUGACGUUAAAGAAACAUACGUACACCCACACUACAUCAGGAAUACUAAAGCAAACGACGUGGGGCUGAUCAAGUUAUACUCGCCUUUGAGAUUCUCAGCCAGAGUGCUUCCCAUCGGCAUAGUGGCUAAAAAGAGCCGUCUGCCCGCGAAUCAAGCUGCGAUUGUGUCUGGAUGGGGAAAAUUAAGCGAAGGCGGGCCUAGCGCUACAUUUUUACAGUCUUCAACAAUUAAGACGAUUGCUAUGAAACUGUGUCGUCAUUCCGGCCUCGAUAGAAACUCAAUCAAUCCAGCUUCAAUGUUUUGUGCUGGAUCUUUCAGUCAACCUUCGCCUGAUGCUUGCCAGGGUGACAGCGGCGGCCCUAUAGUGAGCGAAGGCGUCCUCAUAGGAGUAGUGUCGUGGGGACUCGGUUGCGCUCGAGGCAAUUUUCCCGGAGUCUACACGCGACUCUCCAAUCCUGUUAUAUGGGAAUGGAUACAUGGACAUAUUGCUAAGCAAAUCAGUAAUAAUACAACAAUUGAAAAU